AGAGUAUUGAGAUAUUACUAAUUUGUCGUUGCUUCGUUUGCACUCUCAUUCUUUCAUAGUAAUCAAACACUAUGGAUGCCUUCACAUCAAUGUGGAGCUUGGUAUGUGAUCCAACGAUGAGUGUAUGGGCUUCAUUCAUGCGUGAAAUGGACUAUUUCAGAACUGGUAAAAUUUUGGAAAAUCUCAAGACACAAGCACAACGUCUCCAUGCUAUCAAGGCUGAAAUGGAGACAGUUUCAACAAUUCCAGAGAAUGAAUAUUGGCUCCAGGUUGCAGAGGAUUUGGAAAGGCAAGUGAAGGAUAUAGACGAGGGGUUGAAAGAAAACAAACUUGGUGGAAGGCUUCCCUACCUACACAUCUUGGCACGUAGGAACCUUGGCAAACACAUAGUAACUCUAGAAGAAGAAAUUCUUCAGCACUACAAUGAAGGCUCCGAGCUAAUAAAGAGAGGUCCUGUGGUUGAUGAGCUUCAACAACCACAGCCAGAGGAAGUUGAGGCAGUCCCUGCUACAACCAUUGAUGAACCUCCAAAACCACAGCUAGAGGAAGUUGAGGCAAUCCCUGCUACAACCAUUGAUGAACCUCCACAAGCACAGCCAGUUGAGGUAAUCCCGGCUACAACCAACUAUGAUUACAAAGAGCCUAUUCGUCGCAAUGUGGAAAGAGUAUUAGAAUGUGUAAGAGAUCUGACCAAUGUCCAAAGGAUUGGAGUGUGGGGUGUGGGUGGUGUUGGGAAGACCACUGUAAUGCAGCAGUUGAAGAACCUACCAGAAAUUACUCAGAUGUUUGAAGUUGUUAUUUGGGUCACAGCUUCCAAGACUUUGAAUGUGAGGAAUCUGCAAAACAAAAUUGCACAGCAAUUGAAAAUGGAAUUGAAGAGCAACUCUGAGGAAGCUGUAGCCAGAGAAUUGUUGCAACAUCUGGCAACAAAGAAGUACUUGCUUAUUUUAGAAGAUGUGAGGGAAGCCAUAGAGUUGGAAAAGAUAGGAGUCCCAAGGCCAAGCGAUGAAAACAAGUGUAAGAUUAUAUUAACAUCUGCAUCAUUGGAUGUGUGUAGGCAAAUGCAUACGGAUAAGGAGAUCAAACUGGAAGUCUUAUCCAAAGAACAGGCAUGGAAGCUGUUUUCUGAAAUUGUUGGUGAAAGGGUCGUGGGUUCUCCUACGAUUGAACCAAUAGCUACGCGGGUAGCUAAGAAGUGCAGAGGUUUGCCGCUUGCUGUUAAGGUUAUUGGAAGGUCCUUAAGAAACAAGCAUGAUGUCCGCCGCUGGAGACAUGCUCUCCGGGACUUGAAAUCAAAGACUACUGCUCAGAAGGAAGACGAAGUGUUGGCGAUAUUGAAGUUUGGUUAUGAUCGAUUAGAGAAUGACAAUCUGAAGAAGUGCUUCUUGUAUGCUGCGUUGUACCCAGAAGACUAUGCGAUUGAUGUAGAUGAGCUGAUAGAUCACUGGUGGGCAGAGGGGUUCAUUGCAAAUGGUAGCUGGGGCAAUGCACGCCAGAAAGGUAUUACUUUUGUGAAUCAACUUACAGAUGCAUGUUUACUAGAAAAGAUUGAAUGUGGGUAUCGAUCAUUCAGAGUGAAAAUGCACGAUACCAUUAGAGACCUUGCAUUAUAUAUCACAUCACUACCAUCACUAGCACCCUCUCGCUGUAACUUCUUAGUGAGGGCAAAUGCUGGACUGAAUGAAUUUCCAGAUGAAGUGGAAUGGAGACCGGCCAACAAGAUUUCUCUCAUGGAUAAUCAAAUCUCCAGUCUUCCUGACAGACCGAAAUGCUCCUCCUCACUGUCAACAUUAUUGCUGCAGAGAUUUGGACAUUUAAAGGUUAUUCCGAUGUCAUUUUUUGAGCAUAUGCAGGGGCUUGGAGUUCUGGAUUUAUCAAGGACUAAUAUUAGGAAGUUACCACCAUCUGUUUCGAAGCUCAUAGGCCUUCGUGGGCUGUUUCUGUGGGAAUGCACGUAUUUGACAACUCUACCAUCGCAAGUAGAAGCUCUCACCAGCCUUGAGGUGCUUCAUGUUGGGCCUUAUGUCGAGCACUUGCCUGCUGAGGUUGGAAAACUAACUCAUCUCAGGAGUUUGUGGGUGAUAUUCAGAGCAGGUAGAAGAAAAGAAGAUGAAGAUGAUGAUGAUGAAGAAGAAGAAGAUGAUGAUGAUGAAGAAGAAAAGAAGAUGAUUCCUGAAGGAAUGCUAGCGGAGCUAUCUCAACUGGAAGACUUGAUAAUAUAUGCCAAAGGAUUUGUGAGCUACAAGUUUCAGAAUAAAUGGAUUGGGGUUGCAAAAGCUCUUGCUCGGGAGGCAACCAGUUUGGUGAAGCUAACCAGACUCGGUUUCCUGUUCCCGAGUGUGGAUUUUCUCGAGCGAUUUCUGAGAGAAAGUUUGUCUUGGAAGAAUCAAUGCUUGAAGUCAUUCUUUCUGGAAGUCACUACCUCAGAUUUUGAGUACGUCACUGCGUUAGACUCACCUUUCAACUGGGGACUUGAUACUCCGAACGAUGAUUUUGAUCUUGUACCCCGCAUUGAAGGAGAGCAGAGUUUGAUGUUUGAAGGAGGAGAUAGCAUACCCUACAGCAUCGUGGACUUACUGGGUAAAGCUUCCUUCUUCCAGUUGGUGGGACAUAAGACAGCUGAAACGAUGUCAAGUUUCAGUUGGGUAGAAGGCCUGAAGCAUCUAGAGUGCUGUAUUCUGAAUGGAUGCAAUGCCAUGAAGACAAUGCUCAAUCUGGAUGAUGCUGCCGAUGCUAUUUUGCAAAACGUAAAGAUAUUAAGGCUGCUUUUUAUGUUGGAACUGAGGACUAUUUUGGAGGGACCAGCAUUGCCACCAGAAAGCUUCAGUAGCUUGAAAUAUCUGAAUAUUCAAAAUUGUCCCAGGUUGAAGCAUGUCUUUCGAAGAAGCAGUGUUCUGCAACUCCCAAACCUUGAAACAGUUGAUAUCGCCAACUGCAUCGAACUUGAAGAGAUAGUGAAGAAAGAAGACAAAGAAACAAAGGAUGAUUCUGCUGCUGUUGUGAUGCUGCCGAAGUUGAAGGUACUGAAAAUUAAACACUUGCCAAAGCUAGCUAGGAUCUGCAAACCAGAUUCACUGGCCAAGCCACCAUCGUUAGAAACAAUUACAGUUGUUGGGUGCCAGAAUCUGUAGAAGCUCCCUCUGAGAUUGAGGAGGAGCACCAAGCAUCAGGAAAAUGCAAACUCUUUCGACACUGGUGCUCUAAGGAUGAUAAAAGGCAAAAGAGAAUGGUGGGAAGCAUUGAAAUGGGAAGAGAAUGAGAUCAAACAACUACUCCAAUCUCUUUUAGUUCAAUGCGGUUGACAGUGCUGGUUUGGUUUGCCAUGAUAUUGUCAUGUAUUUAUUUGGAUGUAUGUGUGUGUAUAUAACUAUGUA